GCCGGGCCGCACGGCGGGGCCAUAAAGCGGCAGCGGCGGCUGCUGGGGGUCGGCUCUAUGCUGCUGUGCCCUGCCAUGGUCGCGACCCGGCGCAGGUUGGCGGCGGGGCUGGGGCUGGCCGGGGCGGUCUGCGCCCUCCUGGGGGUCUCCCUGCUGCUGGUGGUGCCCAUCAUCGUGAGGGAUCAGGUGGUGAAGAAUGUGAGGAUUGACCCCAAGAGCAUCUCCUUCAGCAUGUGGAAAGACAUUCCUGUUCCUUUCUACAUGUCAGUGUACUUCUUUGAAGUGCUGAACCCCAAACAGGUCCUCCAGGGAGAGAAGCCGAUGCUGAGCCAGCGUGGACCCUACGUUUACAGAGAGUUCAGGAUUAAAAACAAUAUCACGUUCCAUGACAAUGACACCGUUUCCUUCAGGGAGUACCGCCAUCUCUUCUUCCAGCCGGACUUGUCCAAUGGCACUGAAGAUGACUACAUCAUAGUGCCAAACAUUUUGAUGAUGGGAGCAGCUGUGAUGAUGGAAAAGCUGCCAAACUUUGUGAAGAUUUUAGUGAGUGGAGCCCUGGCUGGCCUGAAACAGGAGGCGUUCAUGAACCGGACAGUGGGGGAGAUCAUGUGGGGAUAUGAAGACCCACUCAUAGACACAUUAAAUAUGUUUGUUCCUGGCCUGAUCCCUUUCAAGGGCAAAUUUGGCUUGUUUGUAGAGGUUAACAACUCUGAUUCAGGACUGUUCACGGUGAACACAGGCAUGAAGGACAUCAGUAUAGUUCACAUGGUGGAUACAUGGAAUGGGCUAAAGAAGGUCAACUACUGGCGGAGCGAGGAGUGCAACAUGAUCAACGGCACCUCAGGGGAGAUGUGGCCACCCUUCAUGUCCCCAACGUCCCUGGAGUUCUACAGCCCUGAUGCCUGCAGAUCCCUGACACUGGUGUAUGAGCAGUCUGGAAAUUUCAAGGGUGUGCCCACCUAUCGCUUCGUGGCACCAAAAACUCUCUUUGCCAACGGCACAGACUAUCCACCCAAUGAAGGCUUCUGCCCCUGCUUGCAGUCUGGCAUCCAGAACGUCAGUACCUGUAGGCUAAAUGCACCAAUGUUCCUUUCCCAUCCUCACUUCUACAAUGCUGACCCAACCCUGGUGAGCGCUGUUGGAGGCCUCCACCCCAGCAAGGAGCAGCAUGCGCUCUUCCUUGAUGUGCACCCGAUGACAGGCAUCCCCAUGAAUUGCUCCAUCAAGCUCCAGCUGAACCUCUACAUAAAGGAGGUGUCCGGUAUAAUUCAAACAGGGAAGAUUAAACCAGUGGUCCUGCCACUUCUGUGGUUUGCAGAGAGUGGAUCCAUCGAAGGUUCAGUUCUUAAGCAGUUUUACACCAACCUGGUGCUGAUCCCAUCCUUGCUGGACUACCUGCAGUAUAUCAUCCUUGGGCUGAGUGUCCCACUCAUUAUCUCAGCAGCUGUACUCAUGGCAAUGAGUCAGGAAAAAUGCUCUUUAUUUUGGAGUAGCAAUAAAAAGAACUCAAACAGUAAUAAGGCCAACCAGGCCACCUCUGCCAAAAAGCUGCCUCCGGUUAAGGGGACGGUGUUGCAGGAAGCCAGACUGUAGGUGGGUACCCGGCCAAGGUAAUGCACUUUUCUCUCAUCCUGAUUUGAUUAAACUUUGCUUUAAACCAAUCAAAUGGAAACAUCUACUCUCCAUAUCCUCCAGACACGCCCUCUUGGCAAGCUUUCACAUAAUGAUGUUGGCUAAUGGCCUUAGAUGUUUUAAUACUCACACUCAACCAUGCUGCAAGCACGUGUUCUUAUUGUUUCUCCUGGUGUACCUGAAGUGCAGCCCUAAUAAUAUCAGCAGGGAACAGGGUGAGAAGUAGGAUUGGUGUGAGGAAACACUUUCCUUGCCUAUUGAUCCUUCUCCAAGUGUUUGAAAGCGAGAGGUAAGUGUUUGAAUGAGUAUAAACUUCUGUGGAUAAUGGAGGUAGUCAACUGGUGGGUGUCACUCUCCUCCUGGAUGCACCAAGACUUGAGGGAAAGGCUUUCAGGAGGGAAUUUCUGAUGUAUGAAAUAUCUGGGUUUGUAUUACAGGAUCACAAAAUCUCUGAAUCAUUGAAAUUGGAAGGGAGCUGUGGAGGUCAUCUAAUCUACCCACCCUGUGCAAGCAGGGUCAUCUAGAGCUGGUUGCCCAGGACCAUGUCCAGAUGUCUCUUAAUCUCUCCAAGGAUGGAGAUACCCCCAACCUCACUUGGCAACUUGUUCAAGUUUUUUACAGUUUCCAUGGUUUAAAAGUGUAUUUCCCAAUGUUCAGAUAGAGCUUGUCUCUGCCCACUGGCUCUUGUCCUGUCCUAUGGAUGCCACGGAGAAGAGCCUGGCUCUGUAUUUACAUCCUCCCUUCAGAUACUUGUAUACAUUGAUAAGAUCCCCCCAGAGCAGUCUCUUCUCUGGGCUAAACAGUUCCAACUCUCUUGGCCUUUGCUCAUAAAAGAGAUGCUCCACUCCCUUAAUCAUUUUAGGGGCCCUUUGCUCGACUCUUCCCAGUAGUUCCAUCUCUCUUGUCCUGGGAAGCCAGGAAAUGGACUCAGUAUUCCAUGUGUAGCC